CAGCUCAAAUGUGAGGGGUCACAAUGCUAGAUAAAUACAGUGGUCAGGCUAAAUAGGAGGCACCACAGGCUAAAGCCGGAGCUUUUCCACUUCUCUCUCUCUCUCUCAGGAGUCCCUCCAUUCCCUCAGCGGUUCUCUUGACGGAAAAGUCACAAUGCCUCACGCAUACCCGUUCCUCAGCCCUGAGCAGAAAAAAGAGCUCAGUGACAUUGCCCUGAGAAUUGUCGCACCUGGAAAGGGAAUCCUCGCUGCUGAUGAAUCCACAGGUAGCGUAGCCAAACGCUUCCAGAGCAUCAAUGCUGAGAACACUGAGGAGAACCGGAGGCUCUACCGUCAGCUGCUCUUUACUGCCGAUGACCGUGUUAAGCCUUGCAUUGGAGGAGUCAUCUUCUUUCAUGAGACCCUUUACCAAAAGACUGAUGAUGGCAAGCUCUUCCCUCAACUGAUCAAGGAGAGAGGCAUGGUAGUGGGCAUCAAGGUUGACAAAGGUGUAGUCCCUCUGGCUGGAACCAAUGGAGAGACCACUACCCAAGGUCUGGAUGGCCUAUAUGAGCGUUGUGCUCAGUACAAGAAGGAUGGAGCUGAUUUUGCCAAAUGGCGUUGUGUGCUGAAGAUUACCCCGACCACCCCCUCCAGCCUGGCCAUCAAAGAAAAUGCUAAUGUCCUAGCACGUUAUGCUAGUAUCUGCCAGAUGCAUGGCAUUGUGCCAAUUGUGGAGCCUGAGAUUUUACCUGAUGGUGACCAUGAUCUGAAGAGGUGCCAGUAUGUAACUGAGAAGGUUUUGGCAGCUGUUUACAAAGCCCUGUCUGAACACCAUGUUUACCUUGAGGGCACUCUGCUCAAGCCUAACAUGGUCACUGCUGGCCACUCCUGCUCUCACAAGUACGCCCCCCAGGAAAUUGCAAUGGCCACUGUUACUGCCCUGCGUCGCACCGUGCCCCCAGCUGUUCCUGGCAUUACUUUUCUUUCUGGAGGACAGAGUGAGGAGGAGGCCUCAGUCAACCUAAAUGCCAUAAAUACAUGCCCUCUUCACAAACCUUGGGCACUCACCUUCUCUUAUGGCCGUGCCCUGCAGGCUUCAGCCCUCAAAGCCUGGGGAGGCAAGAAGGAGAAUGGAAAAGCUUGCCAGGAGGAGUACAUCAAGAGAGCCUUGGCCAACAGUGCAGCAUGCAUUGGUAAAUAUGAAUCAACUGGAGAUAAAGGAGCAGCAGCAGGAGAGUCCCUGUUUGUGGCAAAUCAUGCUUAUUAAAAGCUUUCGGCACUCCAGCACUCCUGCACCAUCUCUCUCCUGAAACACCUGGACUUCCAACAUUUCACCCUACUCCCACUGAGAAUUUUCAUUUCUCUCCCGUAAUUACUCUAUACUACAGUAAUUGGGGAUAAGUGGUGUCUCAAGCGAGUGAGAGAAACUCACAACCUUUUUAAGUAUGAAAGCCCUAUAAAAUCCUCCAUCUACUGUUUCAAAGCUUUAAAUCAGCUUGAACAAUUCCCGAUUUUGUAGGUAUAAGAAGACAUAUCUUUUUUUUUCAUAUGAUGUAUACACACGUUCUUGACUCACAAUAACCAACAAAUAAAGAAUUUGCCCAACA